AUGGCUCCAUGGCUGACACUCAAGAGGUGUGCCAAGGUAGCCAACCUGCUGUACCUUUCCACACGACGCCCCACCAUGCAGACCCUGGCAGUGUUAGCGGCGUUGUUGGCGGCAGCAGCAGCGGCCACGAUCCCCGAGCAGGAGGCGCUGUUGAUCACCGUGGAGUUACCAGAGUACGGGUUCUUCCAUGAGAAUAACGCCUCUACAGCAGCCCCUGCCCAACAUGGCGACCAUCAGCCGGCAACAACCAGCCGGCCAAACAACGAGCGGCUCACAUACGCAGAUUCUGAGCCUCAGAGUCCACCACCGGCCCAGCCUGAGGACAAUGUAGCGAACCACGAGGCACCUCUUGAGCAGUCCAUCCAGCAGCCUCACAGCCAGCCAGAGACCCCGGCAGUGGAGGCUGUGCACAUUGUCCAGGCGGCUGGCGAAAAUGUCACCCACGAUACACAGUACUCCAACACUACCCACGCAGCCGCGCAGAGCUCGCAGGUCGACCAAGCCCAUCAAGCCCAACCAGCCCAGCCAGCCCACCAAACUCAGCCAGCCCAGCCAGCCCGGAUAGCCCACCAAGCCCAGCCAGCCCAGCGAGCCCAGCCAACCCAGCCAGCCUACCAAGCCCAGCCAAACCAGCCAGACCAGCCAGCUCACCAAGCCACACCAGCUCAGCCAGCCCACCAAGCCCAGCCAGCCCAGCCAGCCCACCAAGCCCAGCCAGCCCACGAAGCCCAGCAACCCAAGCAGGGCAAGCAAGCCGCGACCCUAAAGGAGACAGCCGUCACAUCUGCACAGCCCCGUCAGAGUUACAACACCCAAGAGACAACGCCAACACCCCAGGCUGAAACUACCUCCGCCGCGCCUCAGGAGCCUCUAAACCUCUCGUCGGGCGCCAGCUUCAUGCUGGGCGCCAUCUCCACCACCUUCAGCUGCCUCGACCGUCCCUAUGGCUACUACGCUGAUCCAGACAACCACUGCCGGAUCUUCCACGUGUGCAACCCUUCCUUCUUAUCUGACGGCAGCGUUCACACCUACCAGUACAGCUUCAUGUGCGGCGAAGGGACAGUGUUCGAUCAGAAGGAAAUGACGUGCGUGGCGGAGUGGGCGGCCACCCCCUGCCCGGAGGCAUCCUCCUUCUACCUCAGGAACCAGGAAUUUGGACAGGUGCAGGAAAGGCGCCCUUGACCGCGUCCAGUCGCUUCUGAUGGGCCUCACCCUUUCUUUAGAAAUAGAACAGAGUAUUUAUGUUAUGUUAUGAUAUAUCAAACACUAUAUAUAAAGCCAUCGUGUACAUUAUGUUGUAUUUAAUAAAGUAUAUGAAUUA